AGGAAACAAGUGGUGCAGUUUUGCUGAAACUUAUGAGCCGCUCAAUGGAACCUUUACUAUUAUUAGCGCCCAGAAAAUGCGUCCCCAAACCCAAAAUUGAAAAAGAGAAUCACUCUUGGAUGGCUUCUCUGCUGAACCCACCUCUCACACUGCCUCAGAACAAGCUGAACCCUGGGAGUGUCCUAGCUGUAUCUACUAGUGGAAUACCAAACAAAAAUUUUCAACCAUCUUCAACACGAUGGAGCCACAGGCGUUGUUUGCUGAUGAGAGCUAAACCAUCGGUGAAAACGGAUAUGCUUGCAAAAGAUUCUGUAGGCACCGACGCUGUUGAUGAUAAGGAUUUUGGAGUUGUUUGCAUGCACCACGUUGGAAUACUAUGUGAAAACCUUGAGAGGUCAUUAGACUUUUACCAGAAUAUUCUUGGACUAGAAAUAAAUGAGGCAAGACCACAUGACAAGCUUCCCUACAGAGGUGCUUGGUUGUGGGUGGGUUCUGAGAUGAUACAUCUAAUGGAGCUUCCAAAUCCGGAUCCCUUAACUGGUCGGCCUGAGCACGGGGGCAGAGAUCGUCAUACUUGCAUAGCAAUUCGCGAUGUGUCUAAACUGAAAGCUAUUCUUGAUAAAUUUGGUAUUCCCUACACUCUUAGUCGCUCUGGGAGACCAGCCAUUUUCACUCGAGACCCAGAUACUAAUGCACUAGAAUUUACUCAAGUUGAUGCUUGACAGGAACUGGACUGCUUGCUCUCCAAUUUGUAAUCCUUAUAUAUUUAAAUAUACAACUAUUGUGAAUAUACGUAUAGGGGGAUAUUCAACAAGUGGAGUCAAAUAACUCUUUGAAACACUUCAGUUAUUGGUAGAGUCAAAUAACUCUUUGAAACACUUCAGUUAUUGGUAGUUAUAGCUUGUCAAUCCCCAAAAAGUCAUGGGCUGUUUAUAUGAUUUGAACGUCUGUGGUUAAUACAAUUUUCACGUACUAUUUACUCCUA